CAAAACUAUGAACAGUCAAACUAGUUGGCUUUGGACUCCGCUCGUCCCACAUCGAUCAGGAGAAAGAACCUGAUUAUUGUUUAUAUGGUGAAGCUCUGCAACCAAUAUCGUUCAUUCGGGGACAUCCGAUAAAAUUGGAACGAUACAGAGAAGAUUAGCAUGCCCGCGCACAAAUCGACAAAUGGUCCAAAUUUUUUUUAUACCCCUUCGCCGAAACCCUAAUUCUAGCCUGAACGCCUGAGAAAUUUCUUCGCUGAAACCCUAAUUCCCCUUCUUUUCCUUAAUGUGAUUUCAGCAACCGUCAUCAGUGAAGUUUUUUUUGAUUCAUUGUAUUUUUUUUAUUAUACCUCGUUAUGUUGUAUUAGCACUUCGCCGAAACCCUAAUUCUAGCCUAAACGCCUGAGAAAUUUCUUCGCUGAAACCCUAAUUCCCCUUCUUUUCCUUAAUGUGAUUUCAGCAACCGUCAUUAGUGAAGUUUUUUUUGAUUCAUUGUAUUUUUUUAUUAUACCUCGUUAUGUUGUAUUAGCACUUUCAGAAUGAAACACCAGCGGAGAGGCCUUUGGUGGAUUUUGAGUGUGUGUACACUUUUUUUGGUUCGUCCUCAUGUGCACCAGGGUUUGCUAGGGAAUAUAGAGGAAAGUAGAGGUGGCAAACUGGAAGAGUUGUGUAAUGAGUUCAAAUGGAGCAAGUACUUUCAGUCAAACAGGGCAUGUAGCCUAACGGUAUCAACAAUCAAGUAUGCUGGAAAUGUGUCCCUAACCUUGGCCUCAACCAAUUUGUUAAGGGUUCAAGACUGACGAGGGACACAAAUGUAGAUUCAUGAGUAGAAGCAAAAUUAGGGGGUAUGUGAGUUAGAUUAUCAGAAAAAGUAUUUAUCAGCUUAUUUAUUUUUAAUUUUCUAAUUGUACAAAACAAAC